CGUUCGUGUAUCCGUUUCGGACGAUAAUGCUCGUUUAGCAUUUCGGAGUGUUUUUAAUUUUUUAUUAAUGGAUAAGUGUUUGUUUCUAACUGAUUAUUAAGAAGACGGAGUUUAAAAUCGUCAUUGGUCGAAUAUUUGAGUCUUUGUUAUUUUCCUCAUCAAGAACUGGAGCCUCAUGUCUUCGUCAAGGCCGGCCGACGAUGGCGCUGGGGCCGCUGCUCCUGCUGCUCCUGCCCCUGCUGGGCCCGGGCCCCGGCGGGGGGCCCUGGGGGGCGGCGGGCCCCCCGGGGGCGGCGGCGGCGGGGGCCGCGGGGGCGUGCCGGCGCUCCGAGUUCCUCUGCGACACGGGCCAGUGCGUCGCACUGGACAAGGUCUGCGACGGCAGGGACGACUGCGAGGACAAGAGCGACGAGCGGCCCUUCUGCACACCCUGCAACCGCACCUACUACGGUGACGUGGACCAGACCUACGACCUGGAGAUCCGGCGGCCGCGGGAAGACCGGCUGCCCUUUCUGUGCCACCUCAACUUCACAGCGGCGGGUGGCGAGUUCGGCGACCUGGUGCAGCUGACGUUCGACACGUUCACGGUGGGGCAGUUCGUGUCGUUCACCGAGGACGGCUGCCCCGACGGCCACAUGUCGGUGCGCGAGGAGGGCCGGCCGCCGACGGGCGGCCAGUGGUGCGGCUCGGCGUGGGGCUACACCGUGUACUACUCGGAGACCAGGAGCCUCAACCUCACCCUGGAGCUGCGCCGGCUGUCUGAGCAGGGUAUCGGCUACAACUUCGACUUCAAGCUGGCCUACAAGUUCCUGCGCCGCUCGUCGGCGCGCCUCCGCUACGGCAACAGCUCGGUGGCGACGUGGCGCGGCGAGCUGGUCCCGGACACGUACUGCGACCGCGUCCUGGAGCGCUGCGACGUGCGCCCGUGCCGCGUCCAGAGCCCCAACUACCCCGGGGUGUACCCGAGGAACGCGUCGUGCCGCUACCUGGUGCAGCAGCGCAACGUGCCGCCGGACAAGCACGCCCUCAUCGCCGUGCGCCAGCGCUACGCGCACAAGGUGCACAUCAAGGACCAGGUGCUCAAGUACGACCGGGAGCAGCGCGUGCUCAAGGUGUGGGACCAGUGCAACGUGGUGCAGGACUACCUGACGGUGUACGACGGCGGCUCGCCGGACGCGCCCGUGCUCGUGCGCAUGUGCGGCGGCGACGCCGUCCCGGAGAUCGUCAGCUCGGGCCCCAGGAUGCUGCUCGAGUUCCACACGUCGCCGUUCGACUCGCCGUUCCAUCCGGCGCCGCUCUCGUACCUCCCGGGGUUCGAGCUCGAGGUUCAGGUGCUGUACGUGGACGCGCGCUCGGCGACCUACGUCAAGGACCCGCACCGCUGCGAGUUCCUCAUCACGUCCUUCGAGUCGACGUGGGGCAUGCUGGAGAACCCGCGCCACUCGCUGCCGCCCAACACCACCUGCCGCUACCACUUCCAGGGCAAGAAGCGCGAGACGGUGUGGCUCUCGUUCGUCAAGUACCACUCGGCGGCCACGGACCCCACCGCCUACGACGCGGUCCAGUGCAACGCCAGGAUGCGCGUCUGGGACGGGCGGCACGGCGUGGCGGGCACCGCGCUCGCGCACAAGGGCAACGCCAGCUUGCUGGGCGAGUUCUGCCGGGACGCGGUGCCGCGGCUGUGCGCGCACGCGCUGCUGUCCAACACGACGCGCACGACGCGGCCCUGCUCGCCGGCCGAGAGCUACGUGUCGACCGGGCAGGAGCUGACGCUGGAGCAGUUCCUGCGCCAGGGCUCGGCGCUGUACCCGCUCGUGUUCGCGCUGCGCUACGAGUUCGUCGACACGGCGCUGGAGGGCGCGCACGACAAGCUGUCUAGCAACCCGUGCGACCGGGUGUUCCGCUCGUCGAGCAGCGCGUCGGCGCAGGGCCACUUCCAGGCGCCGCGCUCCGUCUUCUUCUACGGCCGCGGCGGCGCGCAGAACCUGAGCUGCGUGUUCCGCUUCGAGGCCGGGCCGGGCGAGCGCGUCAAGCUGACGCUCUCCAAGGGCCGCUUCGGCAGCCGGCCGUGCAGCCAGCGCCAGGACGCGCGCACCGGCCGCUGGGACUGCGAGCCGCGGCCGGGCCUCAGGCAGGGCCACGCGCAGGCCGAGCUCUGGGUGUCCGAGUACCCGUGGGCGGGCGUGGCCGUCGCCAGGGACUGCUUCUGCUCCAGGAUCGCCACCCCCGUCGUCAUCUCGACGCUCACCUCGGCCGUCGUCGAGGUCAACUUUACCGUGUCGCGGAUGAACAUCACGCAGGACUACAACGACUUCCACUUUGAGGGAGAGUACGAGUUUAUCGGGCUGACGGAGAACUCGGUGGAGUCGGGCGGGCCGCCGGGCUGCGCCGGCGCGCGCGCCUCCGACCGGAGGAUCACCAAGAACUCGGGGGAGGUGACGCUGCGCCGGCCGACCCCGCCGACGCCACCGGGCGCGACGGAGCAGGGCGGUGCCGGGGCGGGCGCGGGGGCGGGCACGGGCGGCGCGCUGGCGAGCAUCACGCCCACGCCAACGCCGCCGCCCCCGGAGGACCCCGACGAGCUAACCUGCGUCCACCCGCCGUACCUGAUCGAACCGGAGGACCUGGGCCACUACAUCUACCUCAAG